AACAUUAUUUGCCACCAAAGAAUUUUCUUUGGUCAACUCACGCGCCUUCCCUAAACCCCUCAGCCUCCUACAAUUCCUUUUCUAUUUUACACUAAAAAAAUUAUCUUUUCUUCUUUUUUUUUUUUUGGUUGAUCUGAUAAAUAAAUCCAACUAGAAGAAUUUGGUCUUUUUGAUGACCAAUUCAUUGGAGUUUAUUAUUUGCCUUGUUGAGUUUGACUAGUUCUUGAUUCUAUUAGUUGCUUUUUGUGUUAAAGUUGAGUUCUUGUUUAUGUAUUUUAUGGUUUUGUUCACUGUUGUGUGUUUGAUGCCACAGUAUUGAGUUCUUGAAAUUGUUGUUGUGAAGUUUGUAUUUUGGUAGUUUGGGAGGUGUUGUUUUUGAUUGGACUGCAAGGGGUUAGUGGUAAAUUAACCAAAGUCUUGAUCUUUUUGUGGGACUUUUAGCUGUUUCUUCAUUUUUUUUCCUUGAAAAGUUGAGGUGGGGUCAGUGAGAUUUUUGUUGUAAAGUUUGUGAUUUGGAUGUUUGAGGAGGUAAUUGCAGCGAAGUCUUGACCUUUUGUGGGAUUUUCAGCUCUUAUGGUCUAUUGGUUUUGCCAGAUGUUUGAUGCUCUACUUGUUUCUUGAGGUUUUUCCUUGAAAAACUGAGGUGGGUCAGUGAGAUUUUUGCUGUAAAGUUUGUGAUUUGGAUGUUUGAGGAGGUAAUUGCAGUAAAGACUUGAACUUUUGUGGGAUUUUUAGCUCUUUUGCUCUGUUGGUUUUGUGGUGCUACAGUUUCUUGAGUUUUUUUCUUGAAAGUCUGAGGUGGGUUAGUGAGAUUUUUGUUGGGAAGUUUGUGAUUUAGGUGUUUUUUUGGAGAAGACUGUAAUAGAAUUGGUGGUGAAUACAGCAAAGGCUUGAUCUUUUGUGGGAUUUUGAAGAGGGGGGUUGAAAGUUCUUGUGCUCUAUUGCUGUUUCUUGAGUGUUUCGAUUGAAAUUUUGAAGUGGGGGUCAGUGAGAUUGUUGUAGAGAAGUUUGUGAUUUAGCUAUUUAAGGUAUUCUUCAGGCAAAAGGGAUUGCUUUGGUGGUAAUUGCAGCAAAGACUUGGCCUUUUGUAGAAUUUUCAUCUGUAUUGGUUCUUACAGGUGUUUGAUGCCACUGUUUCUUGAGAUUUUUGCUUGAAAAUUGAAGUGGGGUCAUUGAGAUUGUUGUUGGGAAGUUUGUGAUUUGGAUAUUUGAAAGGUUUUCUCGAGAAAACUGCGAUAAGGUUGGCGGUAAAUGCAACAAAGACUUGAUCUUUUGUGGGAUUUGGAAGAGGGGGGUUGAAAGAUCUUUUGUUCUAUUUUGAGUGUUAGGAGGUGUUUGAUACAAGUGAUUCUUGAGUUUUUUGCUUGAAAAUCUGAGGUGAGUCAGUGAUAUUGUUGUAUAGAAUUUUGUGAUUUGGAUAGUUAAGAGGUAUUCUUCAGAAGACUGCAAAGGGGUUGGUAGUAAAUGCAGUAAGAUUAUUGUUGGAGAUUUCGUGAUUUCGACAUCCGAAAGGUGUUCUUCAGCAGACUACAACAGGGUUGGUGGUAAAUAUAGCACAUACUUGAUCUUUGUGGGAUUUUCUGGUGUUGUAGCGAGGUUUGAGAUAUGUUGAGUUUCUCGUGAGAAGCAUCGUCCGCUUUAUUGUUGCUGAUUCAAAAUGGGUGUGAGAGGUGUAGCCCAAUUGUUUGUUUUCAUCGUGGUGCUUUUUACUAUAGUGGCUGCAAAGCCUGUAAGCAAAAGCCCGGAGGAACAUUUACUGGCUAAUCAAAUCAAUUCUGUGGGGAUCAAUCAAGAAUUGGCUGAAGAGUUAUGGUUGAACUGUAGGCUAGAGUUGGAACAUUCUAAUGAAGUUUUUGAAGAUCUUAAGUUUAGUGGUUCCGGAGAAGAAGCAAGUGGGAGCCAUGGAAUUCUUUCGAACAGAAGAUCGUUAACCAAAAAUAAAGAGAAAAAUGUCAACGUACUCAAUAAGGAAGUCCUUAUGGGUUGUUUAAUGAAGAAAAAUCUCCUGUUUCCUGUUUCCGGAGAGCAGGAGCAUUCACCUACUUGGUAUUCCAGGUGCAAGGACUUCCUCUUUUCAUGGUACGGUGCACCUAGACGGCGUGAAUUGCUUCAAGUUGGAGAUGCUCCUUCUCCUGCUCCAGCUCCAGCUACUUCCCCUUCUGAAACUCCCAAUUCUCCGCCACCUGCCCCUCCUCCUUCGAAGCCAUUUUUUCCUGUCGACUACAACAAUUCAAGCAAAAGUUCUGCUCCUAGCGAUCAGUCUUUUAUUAGUCAAAACUCUACUUCGGAUGGUCAAUCAAAUAAGAAAAGCAACACAAAAACAAUUUUGGUUGCAGUUCUUGUGACUGCUUCAGUCACAUUUAUUGUUGUUGCACUCUUUUUUAUAUGCUAUUGCAAGGUUUGUGGGGUUGGAUACAGAAAGGGAAAGAAUGACGAGCGGCCUCUUCUUAGCCUAAGCAUAAGUGACCAUUCUGCUGCUUCAAUACACGGUAAUGCCGGCAAUUAUUCAGUCAGUGAUGAUUCCAAUGGUAAAAUGGGUAAAAAUUUCUACAUGGAGCAGAACGCUCUUAAUGGUUCUAAAAGUGAGAUCCCUUUGGGAACUGUUACUGGCAUUGCUGUGGCUACAGUAGGGAAUUCUACGCAGAUACCACCUGGAAAGAUGGCAAUGCAUGGACAACCUCCUCUUAAGCCUCCGCCUGGUAGGUUGAAUCCUUUUGAAGAUCCUGCUAGUCCAAUCCCUCCUCCACUAGCCGGGGAUUCUGCACAGAUACCGCCUGGAAGGAUGGGAAUGCAUGGACAGCCUUCACUUAGGCCUCCCCCUGGCAGGGUGAAUCCUUUUGAAGAUCCUGUUAGUCCAAGCCCUCCCCCAAUACCUCCUGCCAAGACAGCCAAUCUCGCCGCUCCAGCCCCACCUCCACCACCACCGAAGCCUUCAGCUGGCGGUCCACGUCCCCCUGCACCAGGGCCUCCUCCACCACCACCCAUACCAAUUCGCGCAAAGGCUGGUCCUCGUCCGCCACCACCUCCUGCCCCCGGUGCUACUCCACCCCGUCCUCCUCCCACUGGAUUGAAGCCACCUCGACCUUCACCUCUUGGAUCAAAUGCAUCCUCUAGUGCUUCAAAUGAGGAAUCAGGGGCUGAUGCUUCUAAAACGAAGCUAAAGCCUUUCUUCUGGGAUAAGGUUUUAGCAAAUCCUGACCAUUCAAUGGUUUGGCAUCAAAUCAAAUCAGGGUCUUUCCAAUUUGACGAAGAGAUGAUAGAGAGUCUCUUUGGUUAUGCUCAUGCCGAUAAAGACAAGAAUGGUCCAAAGAAGAACUCUACGUUCCAAGAUGCUCCCAACCAAUAUGUUCAAAUUAUUGAUCAAAAGAAGGCACAGAAUUUAGCUAUUCUUCUUAAAGCCUUAAACGUGACAACUGAAGAAGUUUGUGAUGCCCUUAAAGAAGGAAAUGAGCUUCCUCCUGAACUCGUUCAAACUUUGCUUAAGAUGGCACCAACUUCUGACGAAGAAUUGAAGCUGAGGGUCUACAAUGGGGAUCUCUCUCGGCUUGGGCCUGCGGAACGAUUCCUGAAAGUCUUGGUUGAUAUUCCAUUUGCCUUCAAGAGAUUAGAAUCCUUGCUCUUUAUGUGCAGUCUUCAGGAGGAGGCAACAAUGGUUAAAGAAUCAUUCGCUACCUUGGAGGCUGCUUGCACGGAACUCCGGAAGAGCAGGCUGUUCCACAAGCUCCUUGAGGCUGUUUUGAAAACGGGCAAUCGUAUGAAUGAUGGAACAUUUCGUGGUGGUGCUCAAGCAUUUAAACUCGACACCCUUCUGAAACUAUCAGAUGUAAAAGGGGUAGAUGGGAAGACUACGUUGUUGCAUUUCGUUGUUCAAGAGAUAAUCCGUUCAGAAGGUAUACGAGCUGCCCGUGCCAGGGAUCGAGGGAGCGCGUCUAGCGUCAAGUCUGAUGAUCUACCCGAGGAUCAGUCUCAAGACGCAGAGGAAUAUUAUCGGAGUACUGGUCUACAGGUUGUUUCAGGUUUGAGUAGUGAACUUGAAAAUGUGAAGAAAGCCGCAAUUCUAGACGCAGACAGCUUAACAGGCACAGUUUCCAAGCUUGGUCGCGCACUAAAACAAUCACGGGAUUUCCUAAAUUCAGAAAUGAAGAACGUAGAUGCCGAGGAUAGGUUUCAACAGACCCUAAAGAAUUUCGUGCAGAACUCCGAGGUUGACAUCAUGUGGUUAUUUGAGGAAGAAAAAAGAAUUAUGGCCCUAGUUAAAAGCACCGGAGAUUAUUUCCACGGUAACGCAGGGAAAGAUGAAGGUUUACGAUUGUUUGUUAUUGUUCGAGAUUUUCUGAUAAUCUUAGAUAAGGUAUGCAUAGAGGUGAAAAAUGCUCAGAGAAAGCUAAACGGCACGCCAAAGAAGGAGAAUUUGGCAAGUAAAACUUCAGAGUCCACCAAUCCACCGCCCCUCGAUCUCCGACAGAAGCUUUUUCCAGCUAUCACAGAUAAGAGAAUUGAUGAUUCUAGUUCAGAUGAUGAUGCUUCUUAAGGUAAGGUAUCGGAGUUAUUUUAGAGCUCUAACAGAGAGAGGGAUCUACUACAUGGCUCUAUUUCAAUAUAUAUUGUUCUUCUGCUCCAUUUGUACCUAAAGAGUAGUUAGGAAAAUCAUCAUUCUUUUCUCCAGUUUAGUUGAUCAUUCUUUUCUUGUUCUUUAUUUAUGUAAUUGAAUAAAGUAGCUUUGUUGAUAACCUAUGGUGUUCCUAAAUUUGAAAUGGUAGUGGUAGCUUUGUUACUCAUCAGUAUUAGUGUAUAAUGUUUGUUCA